AUGGAUGGGGGAGAGAAAGGAGAGAGGACAGAGAAAACAAGAACCAAAGCAAGGAGGGAUUCUAAGUCACCGUCUUUUGAGGACUCUGUGUUGCAAUUGCUUCAGGAAAUUAAAACAGAAGUAAGAGGAAAUCAAAAGUCUAUACAGGAAUUAAAAAGUGACUUUGCUCAAUUAAGACAAGAUUUGACGCAAGUUAAUUCAGAUGUAUCAGCACAUGAGUCAAGACUGGCGCAUUUGGAAACUGUGAGAAUUCCUUACUUAGAGGAAAAUCAGCGACAAUCUCAAAUUUCAAUUGCGUCUCUGCAGCUAAAAUAG